AUGUUUAUAAACGACAUUGUAGACGUAGAAUCAAAAGAAAAAAAAUCUCAUCGUGUCCGAUCGUGGUACUUAUACGAACAGUUCAAAUCUUUGGAGAGAAAUCAGUUGGAUGCUGCCCAAAAACUUAAAGAGCGAUCGUAUCAGGAUAAAAUCUUAUUUCAAGAACUACAAGAGAGACGAACUCGACGAAAGUUAUACGAUCAGUGUGACCUCUCAUGCAAGAGUGAAUGUCAAAUGCAGGGUAGUACGAGCGACAAAGGAGCUUUAAGUGCUAGUUCAGAUGACUUCUUCGAAAGCUUUUGCGAGUUCCAAGACGAUGGAUCGAUCAAAGAUUCAGAGCAUGACUCUUUCUUAGACGAAACAUUUAGCCAAGACGAUUCGCAGAUAGGGAAACGUUAUUUAGAUGAAUUCAAAAGUUUAGAUGGUACAAAAGAUGAUCAAAGUUAUGCAGAAAGUGUCAAUAGUGUAGUAGAAAACUGCAAAUCUAGUGAUGAUUUAGCUGCCGAUUUAUCACAAAAGCUUUUAAUUGCCCAGAAAAACAUUGCCAAUGAUAUCAACCAACAAGAGCCCAAUAAUCUAGGGACUUUCACUAAAACAUGUGGUAAUUAUAAAAUUCAAGAAGUGGAUAGCACUAAUUCUCUUGAUGAACUCGAAUUAAAACAUGAGGCCAACUGCAACGACAAUUCUGACGACAUUAAUGUUUGCAAUAUGUGGUCUAAAUUUGUAUCAUUUGCUUACCAAGUGAUACAGCUUAAUCAUGCGAAGGAAAAAUUCCCGAAGAAAGACGAUUUAAUACAUCACAUUCAACAUGAGAUUGAACGGCUUCUCAGGGAAGCUACUGAGAGAAAAGUUCGGUCUACUUUAGCAUUUAUUCAACCGCUGAAAAUGCCUUCAAUAUAG